AGACUAUAAAGCGUCGUCCCUCCCCGGCUGGCCUUCCAGUCUGCAGGGUGGUCAGUCAUGGAAAGUCGAGUGCCUUGGUGGCUGACCUUGGCGGCGCUGGCCGCCGCGUGGGUGCGCGUCGGCGCGCACUACGCCUACAGCCCCAAGUACUACGCCUACAGCCCCAAGUACUACGCCUACAGCCCGCAGCCCCAGCCCCGGCUGUACUGCUACUACCAGCUGCAGAACAACCGCUACUACUACAACUGCUACCGGCAGCCGCUAGUGCAGCAGCAGUUCCAGCAGCGGCCCCAGGUGCAGCGGCCAAGGCCGCAGGUGCAGCGGCCGCGCCCGCAGCCUCAGCCGCCGAACCAGAACCCCCAGACGCUCCCGCUGCCACCGCCGCCACCACCGCCGCCUCCGCCCCCGCCGCCGCCGACCCCCACCAGCGAACUGACUGCACCCCGAGGCCGGGCACAGCGCGAGGACAAACCUAAGGAGGUUGCGAGCGAACCCAGAGCCCGAAAGGAGCAUACGGAGGUUGAGAACGAACCCAGAGCCCGAGAACAGCGAAAGAAGGUUGAGAACGAACCCAAAAGCAGAGAAAGGCCAAAGAAGGUUGGAAACGAACCCAGGGGCAGAGAACAACUAAAGAAGGUUGAGAACGAACCCAGAGGCCGAGAACGACUGAAGAAGGUUGAGAACGAACCCAGAGCCCGAGAGCAGCUGAAGAAGGUUGAGGACGAACCUCCAGCUCCAGAGCAGCAGGAGGAGGAGGAUAGCAACCCGUGACGGCCAACGGAGCUGCAGGACGACACGACCGCUCGCUAGCGCUGCAGUGCAGACACGUCUUGUUUAUUUAUUC